AAAUCGCUUUAUAAUAUUUAGUGAUUAAAUAUAAAUAGCGUUGCAGUAUUGAUUCUAGAGCAUAUCCAGCAAAAUUUUCGAAGGUGUCAGGAGUGCAGAACCAGUUAAACCAUGUAUAAAAUAAUUUCUUUGGUUUUCUGCAUAGCCGUGUGUUUGAACAGGGUUCACGGAAAUGCAGAGGACAAAAUAGCUAUUAUGACUGCUGUGAAACCAUUUGUAGAAGAGUGUGCUAAGAAACAUGGCGUCACCUUUGAAGCACUCCUAACUGCUAAAGCAUCAGGCAAAAUCGAUGGCGUUGAACCUUGUUUCUACAGUUGUGUUUAUAAGAAAACAGAAUUUUUGAAUAGUAAGGGCGAAUACGAUGUGGAUACUGCUUUAGCCAAGCUCAAGAAGUACAUUAGCAAUGAUGAUGAUUACGCCAAACUCUCACAAGUUGGAAAAGAUUGUGCAUCAGUUAACUCCAAGCCAGUCGGAGAUGGAGAGGCUGGAUGCGAGAGAGGUGUACUACUGACCCAAUGCUUUUUGGAUCAUAAAGGCUCGGCAACUGCGGAAGAGAAAGCUGCUUUUAUAGAAGCUGUGAAGCCCUACGUACAGGAGUGCUCAAAAGAACAUGGAGUUACUCCUGAAGAUAUUAAGUCCGCCAAGGCGGCAGGCAACGCUGAUGGCAUCAACUCCUGUUUCUUAAGCUGCGUUUAUAAGAAAGCUGAAGUGAUCAACGAAAAGGGAGAAUACGAUGUCGAUAAAGCCUUGGAGAAACUCAAGAAGUUCGUGAGCAACGAAGAUGAUUAUGCUAAAUUCGCAAACAUCGGAAAGAAAUGCGCUUCAGUCAACGAAAAGUCUGUAAGCGAUGGAGAAGCUGGCUGUGAGAGAGCUGCGCUGUUGACCUCAUGCUUUUUGGAACACAAGAGCGAGAAAUCAGGGCAGCCAUCCAUGAAUCCGGUGGAGGAACAGAGAUCAGGUCCACGAGUAUUAGCGCGACUUCUAGGAGCCGCACAUGGUCUAGAGCAAGCCCGAGCUUCUGUGCAAAGACUCUCGUUGCUCCGUGAUCUGUCACCUUUUUCUAACCGUGAUCGCCCUUAGAACAAUGCAAUUAUUUCUGCUGUACUAUAUCAGAUCUCCGCUUAAUUUACUGAAGUGGCGAUUGCAGUCUGGCAAGAUAAAGUCUUGUUGAUUUUCUUUAAUACUUGUGAAUAAAGCAGUUUUAUUUUAUUACACUUAUGUUGGUUUUUAUUUAAAUUUGUUUAAGAAUUAACGUAGAUACCU